GACCCUUAAAGACAAUAAGAAACAUAUGUUCUCGUCAUUGUAUAAUUUGAGAGAAGUAAAAGAAGCAUCAACAGAGUACAACAUCAAUGAUAAUGGUAUAGGUGUCGAUAAGGAAUCACAACAGUGUGUGAGGGAAGCAAAACUGAACACUAGCGAACAAGAAACAAACAACAUUACUUCUACUGUAUCUUUAUCAUCGACAAGCACACAAACUGUGAAUCUUUCCGACCCAAAGAGUACCUCUACUGAAUCUUCAUCAUCUUCAAACACACAAGCUAUGAAUCUUUCCGACCAAAAGAAUAACUCUACUGUAUAUUUAUCAUCCACAAACACACAAACUUUGAAUAUUUCCCACCCAAAAAGUCUAACAUAUCUAAUCCAAGGCCUAAUUUCUCACGGCAUAAGAAAAUUUUGUAUUGACGAGAGUAUAUUAUUUAUUAAGGGUAAAACGGAAGGCGUGUGUAGAAUUAGUAGUGUGGACCCACGGUUGUCAAGUGUGUCGUUGUAUUGUGAGUAUGAACUUGGAAAUGAUUACUUGCAUUUACCGGAUUAUUUUGCUGGAUAUCUUAUAGCUUUAAAGAGUCCGUUUAGGUUAGAUGAAACAAAAAUCAUUACCAGACUCGAUGAGAGCAAAACAAAGUUCCUUGAUAACGACAACUAUAUUAUUGAGUUUGAUGAGUUCAUCGAAUCCAGCCUUGACAUCUCUGAUCCUUCUACAGGAACAAUAUCAAGACAAAAAUCUGCAGCUACGCAGACCAGGACAGUCAUGACACAGACAAAGACCCACAUUGAGGAUAAAAAAACAUUAACAUACAUUGCAAAAGACCCCAAGCUAAAAGGCAUGACUCUGACAUGCAAUUACAAACUAGCAAAGGGUUUUGUCAAUUUUCAGGGAGAAAUUGGGUAUCCUAUGAUUGUGAUCUCUUUAUAUGGAAGUGUCAAGACAAUACUUAAACAGAACAUGGAGAGGAUUUUGGUAUCGUCUAACGCUAAAGAAUUUGUCAACAAGUUAGCUCCUAAUUGUUACGCUACUAUAACAAUGUACUUUGUAUAUCCUUCCUCGAUCAUAGAUCUCUGGGAAAAAAAAGUCAUCAUGGGUGGUGGUAAGCCAACAUAUUUAAGAAGGCCCUCACAAUUGCCUGAAAAAAGGUUGUUUAUCGAAUAA